AAUCUCCGAAACACAAUAUCACUUGUUGGAGAAGCUCGUGGCAUAAACCGUCGCACCCCUAAAAUAUCGGAGGAAGUUGGGUGGGAAAGCUGCAGCAGAGAGGCGGUGCGCUGUCGGAGCGGAGGUUUGAUGUUGUUCUUCACCACUUUACUUUAUUGAAGGCCGUAUCUUCCCUGGAAGGGGCACAGGCUGCCAUGCCAUUUGGCUGUCUGACACUCGGUGACAAGAAGGAUUACAACAAUCCCUCAGAUGUCUCAGACAAAUAUGACCUCGGACAAGUUGUUAAAUCGGAUGAAUUCUGUGAGAUAUAUCGAGCGAAGGAUAGGAACACCCUGAAAAUGUUCACCUGCAAGAAAUUCAACAAGAAAGAUGGACGCAAAGUGAGGAAAGCAGCCAAGAACGAGGUUAUGAUUUUGAAGAUGAUCAAACAUCAUAACAUUCUCCAGCUGGUUGAUGUAUUCGAAACGAAGAAAGAAUACUUCAUUUUCCUGGAGCUAGCCACGGGGCGGGAGGUGUUUGACUGGAUUCUGGACCAGGGUUACUACUCAGAGAGGGACACCAGUAACGUCAUGAGGCAGGUUUUGGAGGCUGUAGCAUACCUGCACUCUCUCAACAUCGUCCACCGGAAUCUGAAGUUGGAAAACUUGGUGUACUUUAAUCGAUUGAAACACUCGAAAAUUGUCAUUAGUGACUUUCAGCUGGCCAAGCUGGAGAACGGACUCAUCAAGGAUCCAUGCGGAACCCCGGAAUAUCUCGCACCUGAGGUGGUUGCAAGGCAGAGAUAUGGACGGCCUGUUGACUGCUGGGCCAUAGGCGUCAUCAUGUAUAUACUUCUGUCCGGAAAUCCCCCCUUCUAUGAUGAUUCUGAGGACGACUCUGACAACAGGGACAGAAAUCUCUUCUUAAAGAUUUUGUCAGGCGACUAUGAAUUCGACUCUCCGUACUGGGAUGACAUCUCAGAUUCUGCGAAAACCUUGGUGGCUUCUUUGAUGGACGUAGACCAAGAUCAGCGCUUGACUGCACAAGAAGCCAUCGCCCAUGAGUGGAUUUCCGGGAACGCUGCGUCAGACAAGAACAUCAAGGAUGCAGUGUGUGCCCAAAUAGAAAAGAACUUUGCUAAAGCGAAGUGGAAGAAAGCUGUCAGAGUCACCACCAUGAUGAAGAGACUUCGAGCGUCAGAGCAGGGGGCUGCAGGUGCCACUGGUCUGACCACUGAGGAUCCGAGCAAACCCGCCGGCACUGCUGCUGCUCCAGGCAGCAUCAGCGUUGCCUUGAGUGUCAAGUCUGUUCUUAGUGAAAAGGCACCUGACACACAGACUGACAACGCCUCUGCAGCUCAGAUGAAUGCAGCCAGGCAGGGAGAGAACAAUGGGGAUGCUCUGCAAAUGUUGCCCCAAAGAAAGGCUGAUUAGGAGUCAAGCAACACAGAGAACAGGAGUUUGACAUCCUGGAAGCACAUGAGCAGUUUGACCAAUAAAGUCAGUGUUGCGUGUUCCGUCUAGCUAGUCCUGAGUUUGGUAAAUUGUUUUGUGCGAUCGCUAACUUUUCAAUUUCUUUGUUUCAUACUGGUUGUCCAAAUGAAAAUCAUCCUUGACUUGUUUUUAGUGUAACAGUCCCUUUAAAAAAACUGUUUAAGAAGUAGCUUUUCCUCUGUUCUUUAUCUUCAAAAAGCAACAUAUAACUUUGUGUUUCAUCAUAUUUGUACAUCAUUCUGUAUAUAUGAACUAUUUCAGCAGGUCAAAAUCUAUUGGCUUCAUAACUUGUAUUUUUUGUAGUGUGAACUUUAGAGAAGUUAAUAAAAUGAGAGAAAGGGGAUACAUUAUGAGCAUGGAGGAUGUGUAAUCACUAGCAAACCCUACCAAGUUUUUUUUCUUUACUUGCUUUUCAGUUGAAUGUAGUCACGACAAAUCAAAUGUAAUACAUGGGUUCUAAUAGUUUCUUAGGUACAGUUUAAAUAGAGAUUGCGUAUUUUAAAAAAGAUUACUCCAAUAAGUCCUCAUUUUGUCAUAAUCCUGAAUAACCGACUUAAUUCUACUUUGUUUAUUGCCUCAUGAUAAUUUUUUCAAAGACUUCUAUUUGGAGUAUAUGGAGUAACUGGAAGGACAAUGUUCUUAUAUGAAUGAGGAUGAAAUGCAUAUUUAAUAUAGUAGAGCGAAUUGCCUGCAGUUUAAAUAGAGGGGGGAAAAAUGUUCCGAUGCAAGAAAGAAUUCAAGUGUAUAUUAAUAUAACUUGCAAUUGUAGAAGACUUUUUGUUUGUUUUAAUUUUUGUUUUAAGUGCCUUAUUAUGUGUCGCAGUACUGAAUGAAAAGGAAAAACCUUGCUUAGAACUGCUUGUUAAUGUGUUAUUUGUGUGUUUUUGCCAAUAUCUUGCUUUGCUGUCCAAAUUGCGAAAUUAAUGUUGAUUCCUGUGUUCCGUCACUAAAUGACUUCAUUUAGAUGUAAAUCCUGAACAUUCUCUGUUGUGUUGUUUAUAGCUGUUGUUGUGUUGUAUCACUUGAAAUAGCACAAUUAGGACAAUUCUUCUUUUUUUUGUACCACACUGUAUAGUUUACAUUGUAUUGUAGGUUGAUAUGUGUUAUUUUAUUAUGUGUAUAUUUUAUUUUAUAAUUUGGUUUUAGACACUAAA